AUGGAAGAGGUAUUAAUAUCACAAGAUUAUUUAGAUCAUUUACAAAGAGAAGAUGAUUGUAGCACUUCUACAACAUUACAAAGAAGAUCUGGUGUUUGGGAGUUUUUUGAUUAUGAUAAACAAGAAUCUAAAAAUGGUCAUCGUUGGGCUACUUGUUUUAAAUGUAAUAUGCAUUGGAGUCAGGGUAGACCUGUUGAACUUGAAGAGCAUAUUGCUUUAUAUUGUACAACUCAAGUAAAAGAAAUAAUUCAAUUUUAUUCUCAGAUUGUUGCUAAACGAAAAGGCAAAGGUAGUCAAGCAGUGUCUUCUAAUGUAAUACAGGGAAUAGAACCAACUAAAAAAAAAAGGAAGGCAGCAACAAAUCAAACAUUAUUGAGUGACUUUAUAGAAAGUACAAAACUAACUUCUCAACGUGAAAAUGCCAUUAAUUCAUCACUUCUUAGAGCAUUUAUU